GGUGCUGCAAUCUCAGAAGCCCAAUCCAUAUCUGAUGGACGUUCAUUUCAAAGCAAGUCUAAGGCUGAAUUUCUUUCCGUUGCAAGCCGACAAGCCGUAAUCACUGCGCAUAGCGGUGGUACCAGCUCAACUGUAGUGCUGACAAACCAUAGUGGCUUUACAGAGACAAUUGAUGUGCUGCGCGUAGAAGUUGUGCGGGAGUCGCAAGGAUGUGCAUGGGGUAUUGUGAUUUCAGGAACUGAUGAUGCGCCUGGGGCUCCAAUUCUAAUUGACUCACUCACACCCGGUGAUCCAGGAGCAGCCAGUGGUCAGCUGCGCCCCGGUGACCGUAUCCUAGCAGUCAAUGGAACCCCGGUGCACCGCGGAUACACAUUGAGCCAGGCCAUGUUACUAUUGCAACAGUACCCUGAUCGCGUAAUCUUGCACGUGGCAAGACGUCGAAAUGAACAGGAACCUCGAUCAAGUGGAGAUAAGAGCCGUGAAAAUUCAGCAGGAAGCUUAAUUACAUCGGGAUGGGGAAUCUCAACGGAACAAUCUUCGUCUCUUGGCAGUAAUAAAAGCAUUAAGGCUGAAAUGACUGAAACUGCUCGGAGGAGAUCAACUCUAAAAAAAUCAGAUUUUUACGCCAAAUUUAUUUCUAUAUUUUUAUCGUCUUCUAAUUGA